AUGGCAAAGAAAUUAGGAGACUCAGCUGAACUUAAUUACGACAUGAACUACAAUUUGUUUCUGUUGAAGACGUCGAUGCAGAAUUUGAAAACAGCACAGGAAAAACACAACGUAAACCGAUGGGUGCACAAACUGUUGGCGAGCAAUAAAACAGUCGCUGAGAUGAAACUCCGAAAUGAUUUCAUGUUCCACUUGGUGACAGCUGUCCAGGAGGGUGAGAUCCCAGCACCGUUCAACCAAUAUCCGCCGUCGUUGCCGCUCAGCAAUCUGACAUACCUGUUGACGGGCAGCUCGCCUAGCGCUAGUGGCAAGGACGGAAAGAAAGGCGCUGGUGCCUGGGAGUGUGAUUUAUCCAGUGAAGAGACUGAAAAGCCCAUGUUGUACAGACAAUCCCCUGACGGCGGUGCCUUUUUGGCUGCACAACCUGUACCUAAGUGUGGAGCGUUCUGUUACUUGGCCGUGGUUAGUAAGCCACCAGCGAAAGACAACAACCAACAACUUUAA